CAGCGAUGGUAAAAUAUUGGCGUAAAUUGAAUGAAGGAGGAAUUCUGGAAGAACCGUUAGCACGCUAUUUGUGGAGAAAUGAACUUAAAUGUAGUGAAGAUGAUGACGACGUCGUUUUUAAAGACUUCAUUGAACUUAUGAAGGCGUUUGGACUUCUCUUUGAAAAGAUCAAGAAAGCAGCAUCAGAAGAUGGCCCUCGAGUAUUUGUCGUUCCAUCUCGAAUGAAGACCAAAGAUGAUGAUAGAUUGGAAGUUAAGGAAGAUGAGAAGCAGACAGUAUCCAUCUAUGUAACGCCUAAAGACUUUCUUCCCGACGCCGUCUACGAUAUCUUGGUCGUAAGAUUUGUGAGUUUGAGUCAAGAGAAUGGUUGUUGUGAUGACCCAAAGUUGUUUCAGAAUCAGGCUCAAAUUCUAUUCGAUGAUAAGCAUUACCUAAGACUAGGUCGAAUAUCAAUUGAUAAUAAACGUUCUUUGAAGCUUGAAAUAUCACGGAUGAAAGAGAGAGGCGCAGACGGCACAAACAAGUCAGCUUGCAAGCCGCAUCCUGAUGUCUGUAAGGAGGUUUUGCAGGUUUUAAAGCAACACCUAGGUGAGGUAUAUCCAUCUAAGAGAGUUGUCGGUUAUGCUCUGAAAAUCCUUUGCUUAGUCUGUUCAAACACUGAGGAACCACACUUUCAAGAACUUGAGUACUGCUUAAAGAACGAGAAUAUGACUUGUGACAAAACUGGUGAACUUAUAACGAUGCCGGCAGCUAAUGUACAAAAGCUAUUUGCAGCUGGUAUUCUACAUAAACCCUCAGUUACGGAUACGGCUCAUCAAUCCUCGGCUAUGAAUAAAGCAUUGUCAGAUAAGGAGUUCCAAGAGCUAAAAACUAUUGUCUCACAAUGGUAUGACAGCAACGAAAGUGUUCCUUUGCUGAAAGUGCUGUUCAGAGACAAGAUAGACAAUUGCGAGCUAUCACCAGCAACUCACACGAUGGACCUGCUGUAUAUACUAUUUAAACGUGGUCAUCUGAGUUCACAGAAUCUUGGACUCCUGUGCGAUACUAUUAGCAUAACCAAAGAGUUUGGUCUUUUAUCGAAGAUUAAACAAAAACUGCCAUCAUUCCCAGAUGUUGAGGAAGGAACCAUUUCAAAAACAUUCACAUCUCACAGACAAAGGCUAAUCAAAUUUGGAAUGGUACUGACCCCAGAUAAUGUGACGCAGAUCGAUCAAUUGUAUAAUACGCCUCCUAAGAAGUAUACAGACGGAUGGAGUAUGAUCAACGAUCUAGAAGACCAACAGAUACUCAGCGAAAAAAAUAUGAAGAAAUUCACUGAUUCGCUGAAAAUCCUUAACCUCAGUUUGGCAUUAAACGAAUUAACAGAAGCGUAAAUAACUUCCUUGUGAUGUCGGAACUCAGCUGAUGAUGUUUUUCGUUAAGCCAAGCCAAACUAAAAGAUUCCUAUGUUGGUACAUUCUUGAUUGAAGUGAAAAGAAAUAAAAUCUUUAAGCAGAAAACUUAUAUCAAUACAUUUGUCAUUACAUUGAUGAUGAAGUUGAUUCGGCACUACUGUAGUUCUUACUCAAAAGACUUCUGGGUAACACCAGAUAUGUCAGUCGUCAUUAAGCCUGCAAAUCUAAUUCGUAUUUAUCAGUACAGUAUCUGAAACAAUCAUUUUGUCACAUCACAAUGCAGGAAGUUUGAUCAAGGCUUGCGAAAUCUGACAGACUACCAAAUGAAGUCAGGCGCAGAUUCCAGAGAAAUAAAAGCAUGUAAGACAUUACAUAAUGCAUGGAUAGCCAGUCUAACAUACAGUACUUACCUGAUUACGUCAGUACAUACAGCUGGUACACCAAGUCCCCCCCCCCCCACCACUUCACACACACACACGCAAAAUAGUACAUGGAUUACAAUGUUAGUAUUGUAACAUAAAUGAUUGCAAUACGCAUGUAAUAAUGUCGUCAUCACAGUAUAGGCCUAGUUGUAUAGACUUUCAAAUGGAGUGAGUUUUUAUCCUGGUCGAUAAAAUGUUUGUUUUAACAUCCCCAGGGUCCUGGGUACAAAUCCUGUAACAUCAAAAUUGUGUUUUCUCAUGAAUAAAAUGACGUCACUCCCUAACGCUGCUAGGCAUUAACAUUAACUACUUUUUAGAAGUUUAUUUUAUACGAAAUUCAAUUCAUAUAAUUAUACUUGAAGGUCAAUGGAUAAAUGGGAUGUGUAUCACACACUUUAAUUAAAUUUAUAUAAUUUUAAUUUUUAAUUGUUAUAAUUGUACAGUUUAAAUAAUUGUAAUAUUUAUACUGUAUAAUAAUAGUGCCUAUCAUGUUUAAUUAUUAUACAUAAUAAGCAGUAAUUCACUUUUGUACAUAUAAUUAUGAGGUAUUUUUGAGUAAGUCUAAUUUAUAUUUUUAUAUCAAUAUUACAAUUAAUGACUAAUGUGCAACAUUGAUGAUCUAAAUCAUGUACUUUCAACAUCAAAAUUGUGUUUUCUCAUAAAUAAAAUGACGUCACUCCCUAGGGCUGCUAUGCAUUAACAUUAACUACGUUUUAGAAGUUUUUUUUUUAUACGAAAUUCAAUUCAUAUAUACUUAAAGGUCAAUAGAUAAAUGGCUUGUGUAUCACUCACUUUAAUUAAAUUUAUAUAAUUAUAAUUUUUAAUUGUUAUAAUUGUACAGUUUAAAUAAUUGAAUUUAUACUGAAUAAUAAUAACAGUGCCUAUCAUGUUUAAUUAUUAUACAUAAUAAGCAGUAAUUCACUUUUGUACGUAUAAUUAUGAGGUAUUUUUGAGUAAGUCUAAUUUAUAUUUUUAUAUCAAUAUUACAAUAAAUGACUAAUGUGCAAC